AUGGCUCCCACAACGAGGCCAGACGGGCAGCUCAACCUCAAUCUGUCAGGACUGAACACAAUCACGGAGCCUGUUUCAGUUCCUACCACUAAAUCCCCCUUUGGAGGCCCCAAAUCCUCCUCAGGACUGGCAGGCUUGUCCAGCGCAAGAGGAGGAGCGGGCUCUCCCCUUCACGAACAGACUUCCCGACUCUUCCCCAAACGCACUCGAGAACUACAGUCUCAGACUUCUUCUCUUGCCCCAAACAUAUGGGGUCCUCCUACCAGUGGGACUUCCACCCCGCUUUUCGAGAUACCGGAGUCCCCUAAUCAAGACGGAUUCCCCGACCUGGUACCCCUGACAGAGACUGGUAUCAACAGCCCGGCCAGGCGAGGUCGAGCUGGCACCCUUCCUUCAAGAAUAUCCCCCGUAGGGACUAUCAAUGGAGUCAAUGUCCUGAUCUCGAAAACUUCCCGCCCUACUCCCUCCACGAGUCCUUUCCGACCUGGAUCAACCUCCGCCGCGGAGACCGCGUUCUACUCGACCACGUCCAACGCAGCGAACUCAGCAAGCCCCGUGAAUUCCGCCCUUCUAUCCAGACUCCGCGCAGGCAGCAUGCCUCAACGGUCAGGUCUGCUGGGAAGUUCUAGCUCUUUCGGCCAGAGUGCUUACAGCAGCAGUUGGAGCACAAGAGGUCGUGCGGCGACCCUAACUAGCAUCAGUUCUGCCGAGGAUCCUACUUCUCCACAGCAAUUGGGCUUGUCAAGGGACGGCAUGUCUGACUCGGGUGUCCGGACUCUUGACUACCUAGGUCUUGCCGAACCUCUGCCACACUCAAGGUUGUCGGAGGCACUUCGUCAUGAUGCCACUGAUCCUUCUCUCGGACAGAACUCCGGCUUGUCUGACGUGCUAGCCAAUUUUGGGCUGCGUAACUCUGGUCGUUUCAGGUCAUUCUCCGUCAACACGCAACCAAAAUACAGUGCCGAAGGUCACGAUGGUGACCAUAGCCAUGCUCUGUAUCCUACCGGAACUUUGACUCCAUCUGCAGCGGCGGCCCUGGAAGCUGAGUAUGAACGCGUCCAGGAAAAAGUGCGGCUUCACAAUCAAGCCGUUCAGGCAUUUGCUGUCAAUGCAAGUGCCGCACGUCCGCGUGCCCGCACUGCUGGCUUAGUCGAAACUCCACAACGUACUUCGCUUCGCAAUCUGAUCCACCCAGAUGCCGAUGCGGUCGACAUGGAGUUUGACGUUCUUGGCUCCAGUGGCCUCGGUGAGCCUCCGAUAUCCGAUGCUUUGCAGAGUCUAAACAUCAACGAGAAUGCGUCCUUGUCAUAUGAGGGCAUGGAUGACCCUGAGAUUCAAGUGUCGCGGUCUUUGUGGAUCGGGUCAAUCCCCAAUUCCACCACCAUGUCCUCCCUGGAUGCCAUUUUCAGCCGGUUUGGUCCAAUCGAAUCUACCAGGGUUCUAACCCACAAAAACUGUGGCUUUGUGAAUUUUGAAACCCUGGAAGCUGCUGUUCGUGCCCGUCACCUUCUCAACGGGAAGGAGAUCUUCCCGGGGGCUGGUCCUGUCAGGAUCGGGUUUGCCAAAGCUCCAAACGCCUCUGUUUCUAUCACCCCGGUUCAGAACACCACCCCUCCUCCGGCUUCAAAUGGACAUGCGGACUCGCUUGAAGUCUCACAGUCCAAAGAUGGACAAGGCAGUCCCGCCAGUUCGACGAAUGCACAACAAACUCUAUCUUUACCUGCCGCCGACCGCUUAGCGGAACUGCAACCUGAAAUUCUGCAAAUUGUCCUGGAUUUUGGUGGGCAACAAUCAGAGUUACCAUCUAUCUCUGCCAACAUCGACAGUGCCAUCCGUUACCAGCAAUUGGAGAAGGAAAUUCCACCAAUUCCAGAGCCAAGUCCCACGAGAAUCUACGAUGCCCCAACCCUGCGAGACAUCCGCAAACGAAUCGACAACGGAGCAUGUGGUCUGCAGGAGAUCGAACAGAUCGCCAUCGACAUGCUGCCUGAGAUUGCCGAGCUCUCCUCGGACUAUCUUGGGAACACGGUGGUCCAGAAGCUCUUCGAAUAUUGCUCAGAACAGACUAAGGAACAGAUGCUGACGUACAUCGCUCCCUAUAUUGCCGAAAUUGGAGUGCAUAAAAACGGAACCUGGGCCGCUCAAAAAAUCAUCGAUGUGUGCAAGACCGAAACUCAGACUCGGAUGAUUGUCAAUUCGCUUCGUCCUUACACCGUUCCCCUGUUCCUCGAUCAGUAUGGGAACUAUGUCCUUCAGUGCUGCCUUCGAUUUGGCUCGCCAUAUAAUGACUUCAUUUUUGAAACCAUGUUAAGUCAGCUCUGGGAAAUUGCGCAAGGCCGUUUCGGCGCCAGAGCCAUGCGUGCUUGUUUGGAAUCUCAUCACGCCACCAAGAACCAACAACGCCUGAUGGCUGCGGUAGUUGCGCUACACAGUGUUCAGCUCGCUCAGAGUGCCAAUGGAGCGCUGCUGUUGACAUGGCUCCUCGACACCUGUACCUUCCCUCGUCGACGGUCCGUGCUUGCGCCGAGACUGGUCCCUCACCUGGUUCAGCUUUGCACCCAUAAAGUCGCCUACCUGACCGUGCUCAAGAUUAUCAAUCAAAGAAACGAGCCGGAAGCGCGGGACGCGGUAUUGAAGGCUUUGUUUUUCAGUACCAACGACAGCACUCUUGAGCAAAUUCUCUGCGAUCAGACUUCGGGAGUGACACUGAUUUUCAAGAUCUUGGCCAGCCCAUUUUUGGAUGAUAGCGUGAGGCCGGAGGUGGUGCAAAACGUGUCGAGAGUGCUCACAAAGAUCAAGGCGCAACCAAACCAAGGUUACAAGAGAAUCAUGGAUGAAGUUGGCCUGUCCCUGCGACCCAGUCAGCCUCCCGUACAGCAAUAUACUCCUCAUGCACACCCAACCAUGAAUGAUCGAGGUCGCCAGAUGAAUCACCCGCAGCAGGUCCCCGGAAAUGGACAUGGGCACCAAAACUUUCCACGGCAAUUCAACGGCAAUUUCGCACCCAGCGUCAAUGGAAACACUUUGGAAAACGGAAUGAGCCCCAUCAGAACUGGGUCGGCGGACUCAUUCGGGUUCGCCCCGUACAACAUGGCUGGGUUCCAAGCACAACAGCCAUACUCUCAGAUUCCGUACCAGCAAAUGACACCUCAAACACAAUAUCAGAACUAUCCCAACACAGCACAACGGUCCAAUGGUGGUUUCAUGCCCAGUGGUUAUGCUGGCUUCGCUACGCCGCCUUCGGUGGACCAAUUUCGCCCCUUGCAGAAUCCAUCGUCCUCACCAAUGUCAUUCUCAGCACAAAUGAGUCCCGUCAUUGGCUCAGCAGGAUUUGCCGGACAGAACUAUCCGCAGAAUUUGCCUACCAACAUGUAUAAUUAUCCUCAACAACAGUUCUACUUCCCACCUCCAAUGCAGACUGUCCAUUCCGGCGGACGAGGACGUAGGGUGAGUCAUUCUCGGAUUGCAUUCCACUUCUGUUCACUAAUUGGUUCAUCAGAGAUAGACAGGUCAGCAUUGAACAGAGUUCUUUGCGUUCUCACACAUAGACGGUUCUACGUCAUAGCAAUCUUCUGCCGAUGA